AUGGCAUCAGAGGAACCCGUCUACGACCCUAGCCGCACGGGCUCGUGGCUCAUCUGCUCAACGUGCGGGACGCAGUUCCCAACCUCGGAUGCCCAGGCCGUCAAGACGUGCUUUAUCUGUGACGAUCCGCGGCAGUUCACGCCCCCGACCGGUCAGUCCUUUACCACGCUGGACGCCGUCCGGUCCAGCCAUCGGAACGUCUUCUACCCUCUCCCCUCCGGCCCGGCCACCAGCAGCGCCGGUCAGGACCCGGACUUCGUCUCCAUCGUCACAGAGCCCAAGUUUGCCAUUGGCCAGCGGGCGGUUCUGGUCAAGACACCCAACGGCAACGUGCUCUGGGACUGCGUGACGCUGCUGGACGAGGAGACGAUCGAGAGGAUCACGGGCCUGGGCGGCUUGAAGGCCAUCGUCAUCUCGCACCCGCACUACUACUCGGCGCAUUUGGAGUGGGCGCGAGCAUUCCAGUGCCCGGUCUACCUCGCAGACGAGGACAGGGAGUGGACUACGCAGUCGUCGUCCUACCAGAGUUUCAUCACAGAGGCAGAGCUGGACCUGCCGGUCGCGGGCGAGAGCGCGGGUGUCCGUGUCUUGAAAUUAGGUGGCCACUUUCCCGGGUCGCUGGUGCUGUUGUACAAGGGGCGCCUCUUGGUGGCGGAUACGCUGAUCACGACUCCGGCGGGGCUGGGGAGCUGGGAGGCCAACGCGCUGGGCGAGGCGCGAGAGAGGCCGAAGGGCCUCAACAGCUACGGGUUCAUGUGGAGCAUUCCGAACAUGAUUCCGCUGCCGCCGGCGGAGAUGGAGCGGAUGUGGGCGAUCCUGAACAAGUAUUCGUUCGUCAGCUCGCACGGGGCUUUCGUGAAGACGGACAUAUUUGGCAAAGAUGGGAGCGAAGUGAAGAGGAGGGUGUUGGAGAGCAUGCAGAUUCAGAUACGGAAUAUGGGAUAUGGGGACCAUGCGAUGCUGAAGGAGAGCCUGGACUGA